AUGGCUAAGACAUGGCAAGCCGCUCAUCCCUGCUCUGCUAAUAUCGAAGACGACUGGGGUGUCCUUGGAGCCACCGGCCAUGGUGGAUGCUCCACGCAACGCACUUUGACAUGGGUACGUAGCCGUAGCGCUAACAUCAUUUCGCCUCGUUCCUCAUCGGGGUGGUGGCAGUCAUUAUCAACCACCCAUAUCCCACCACCGUACAACUGGCUCGACUUGUCUCGAGACUUCAAUCAUCACCUUUUCCACCACGCUCCUUCCCGUCGACCUCUUCACAUCUCUUCACGAUCUUCGGGAAACUGGAAUCUCAGUCGCCCUCCCACCUCCGCCUCACAACAGACACCGACCUUCACCGACCUCAGCUCGCUACCCAUCCCGCACUAG